GCAAUAGAGUACAAUGGGAGGUCAAAUUUAAAACUCCUGAGAACAUCUGAAAUGAACAGAAUUAGUCAGUUUUAUUAAAAAAUUAAUAUGUUUUCGUCGACUCUAAAUUUGGUAAUCUUUUUGGUCGUUGCAAAGGAAACAGCAGAAAGUGAAAGUAAAAGUCCCAUCAGUGCUGACCACGAGGCAGCGUUCAGCGAUAAAAUUAUUUAUCAAGUGUUACCACCAAACGGGUUGCCAUAUUCAAUACAAAACAAUGAAAACGGAAUACGAUUAUUCGAAUUGCAGUCUGGUCCACAAACUAGUCCCUAUUAUAACUUUGUAACGCCACAAAUACCUACUUUGGCGGAUUUUCACGGAAAUCCUCUGUUGUCGGCCUUACUUCUUAGUUCAUCCCUGGGAAUCCCAACAUAUAAAUAUCAGGGAUUUAACCAUCCGGAUCAUUUGCCGGUCAAUCCAUACAUCGCUUUGUUGCUUUCCCAAUAUGGACGUUAUUUACCGAUCAAUUCAUUGAACGGCAAGGGUAUCUAUUAUUAUGGAGCUUCCAACAACUAUCACAACAACAAACCUUUCGGGUCAUACAAAGUUUUCGAAGAGAGCAAAUAACCACUGUAAAUUUGUACUCGGUAUGUAAAUAAAAAGUUUUAGUCUACUCCAAUUUAAGGAAACCGAACACAACACAAACUUUCUUAAUUUUGUAACAGAUUUUCCGUGAUCCCCAAAUCGACCUAUUUUUCAAAAGGUGGCUUAUUGUGCGUAAACAUCGACAAAUCUCGUCUGGUGAUUAAACUCUGCGCUUGUUAUAUCAUUGUCCUUUUUCCCAUUGGACUGCAGCCUG